AAUAAAUCCAAAACUAUGCAUAAAAAAAUUUUGAUAUCCAAUGCAUAAUAUUCCAAUAACAAAACCGAUACGCAUGCGCAUGCGUAUAGGAUAUUUACUACUUGUGACUGUCUACAAUAGCGAGACCAAGGGUGCUGUUUGUCCUUCUCCUGUUAAUUGUAUUCACAUCGCAGUUCGAGUGGAAGCAGCAAUUGGGGAACGAAAUCGAGGCGAGCCCCAACAAUUCGCUCAAAGAUCACUACGCUUGGCAACACCAAGAAUCUGUAAAAGAAAAGGUCAGCGUAGGUGGUUUGUUCAUGGCAAAAUGGGUCACUCGAAUCGAACUUAGGUUGUUAGCUCUUGUCCACAAAUGGUUAAAUACCAAUUUAGUACCUCAGCUUUUAUAUUUAUACUAAAAUUAUCCUUCAACU